AUUAGAAAAAUUGGUCUAUUUUAUAAUUUCUCAAAGUUUAUUUUGAUUGAAGGGUGCUGGAUUGGGAAAAAGGAAAGGACGCGGAGGACGGGACGGCAAAAGGAGGCGGAAGAAGGACAGACGCAGGCAGCACUUCUUCGAUCGACGCCGGGAUCGGGAACCAGAGACGCGUAAGACCGGAAUCCUUUGCCGCUGGGCUAUCUCCGACUGCAUAGCACCGGCGAUUUCGACGGAAACUCCAGUCGACGUAGCAGCAGGCACGGGCGAACUCCAAAAUCUCCGGCGAACUCUAGUCUCCGCUCGCGAUUGAGGGCUGAUUCCGUUUUUUGGCAAAGAGCAAUUUCUCAAAGCUCAUUAGGAUGGAAACAGACGAUCAUCACAAAAGCACAUCUUCUCCGGUAAACGACGGUGGCCUGGUAAUUUCAGCAACUGAUUCAAUCCAUUCAUUUCUCUCCGCUUCUACGAAGGAUCCUGACCUCACUCAAGACCUGAGGGACAUCGCCGGCACGCUCUCUCCCCGACCAUCCCUGCCCUACAGAGCUCUGCGAUCCAUCUGGAUCGGAUCGAACCCGUCUCGAAGACCCGAACUCGUCUCCCUCCUUUCCGGAUCGGGUUUCGUGUUCUCAAGCCCUAAGCCAAGAGAGAAGAGCGAGGAAUUGAAGGCUCGACUGAGGAAGCUGGCGGAGGCGUCUGAGAGGAAAGCAUAUGAGAAAUUGGUGAAGGACAUAACCCCCAAGAAGAAGGUGGAAGAUCCUUUCUCUUCUUACAAGGAUCAAUUGGGGUUUGGAUUACACGUUGUGCUUAUUAUGUUCACUGGGUUUUUGGUGGGAUACGCUGCAUUCACGGCUUUAUUUAGCCACAGUCCUGUCAUGAGUGCUGCUGGUGGUAUUCUUGGUCUGGUAGUCGGCAUGCUGGUUGAAACACUUCUUUUCAUUGUUAGAACUAGUAGCCUGGAUCGAAGAUCGAAAACCAUUUCCAAGGCAAAAAAGAAUCAGUAAAACCAUUGCAACACAAAAAGAUGGUUUUCUGCCCCUUUUCUCCCUAGCAUUUUUGGAAAUUCUUUAUUGUAUGUAUUACUCUCUGUUAAUUGCAGAAUUUGCUCAAUGGCAAUGUUAUGAACUUGUUGCACAUUACCUAUAAUGUGUGUUUGAUAUAUGAAUUAAACUGACAAAAAACUA